AUGACCCGGAGACGACCUUGCGUUCUGCGUCUCUCCGAACGAGCGAUGUCUGGCCGCGCGCUGUUCGCCUGUGAGCGGCGUAGUGUCUUGCCUCGCGGCAUUCUGCCUGUACCAUACAGCGGCGAUUGGUCGCUCCUCUUCGUCACCAUGUUAAUACUUACUAGUCAGAAGGAUCGUUCUGUCAUCGACCGAAUUGGCACGGCUCUACGAGUUGCUCAGGAAGGAGCUUUUAGCCCUACGCUUACCGAAUCGCCUGAACCUCCGACCUCACCGAGCCAUCUGAAACGCCAGGCGGCGGCUAUCGAGACCGCCAACAACUACAAGAAGGUCAAAUUUGAAGCCGAGACCGAGGACGAUCUUUCUGACUCUGACAGCAGCUCGCUACAGUGCGCUACUGAAGAGACUACUAGCACGGGUUCUGUCAGCCCGCAUCUCAAUCCUGCCAGUUCUGUUUGUCUCGAUGACGUAUUCUGUUCG